CAGAGCCAUAUAAGAACAACAACUCCCAGAGUUCUCUGCGUUUAUCCGACGCCUGCGUCAGUCGUGCGACGGAAAUCUGUUGCUAAACAAACGGGUAAAUACGGAUGUUUUGAUAACAUCUCUCAAUAAUGGAACUGGAACAGCCAAAGGAAGACAGUGCUACUGCCCAGCCCUCACCUACACCUUCUUCUCAGUCAAAGAGGCCAAGUCAGGCUCUGUACGUGCCCAAACAACGACUUCAGGGUUCCAAAGACAAAGCUAAGACUCAGGGAGAAGUUAAACCAAGACCCAGGCCUCGCUACACGGACAAAGCACGAAAGAAUGCCAAGAACAAGAAGGACAAGGCUGGAGGAGAGGGAAAGACAUUACCUGUUGGAGGACAAGAUGGGGAUGAGGUACCGAACAGUGACACCAGUACUGAUGUGAAGGAAGAGAGGCUACAGGAUACAGAGGUGGAGACUAAUGGGCAGCCUGACUCAACUAAUGUGGAUACAGAGGUCACUUCACGGUUGGAGGCAGCAUCCUCUCCUGAAGAAGAGGGGGAAGAGGAGAGUUGGGACACCUUGUUCAAUGAUGAUGGGGAUUGUCUCGAUCCGCACCUGCUUGAAGAGCUGGCUCUGAAGGAUGGUAGAAAAAAGAAGUCCAUCCAGGAGGCCAGAUUCGAUUACUACAACAUGGACGGAGAUUAUGAUGAGGACAUCGACCUCACAGAGGACGAACUCUCUCACAUCGUCGAGAUCUAUGAUUUUCCUGCAGAGUUUAAGACCGAGGAUCUUCUUAAGUUAUUUCAGUCCUACCAACAAAGAGGCUUUGAUGUUCAGUGGAUUGAUGACACACAUGCCCUGGGUCUCUUCUCAAGCCCCAUAGCAGCCCGUGAAGCUCUGAGAUCCAAACAUAUGCUGAUGAAGUUGCGACCACUCUCCAAAUCCUCCCCUGCCAUAAAGGCCAAAGCCCGCAGCUGCUCAGACUACCUCCUGCCUGCUAAGGAGAGACCUCAGACGAGUGCAGCACUGGCUCGAAAGCUCGUGAUUGGUGCCCUCGGUGUAAAGAGCAACCUGACGAAGGAGCAGCGCGAGGCAGAGAGGAAGAAGCUCCAGGAAGCAAAGGAAAAAAAGCGCCUGGCAGUCAAACAGAGGGAAGAUGCUUGGGAGGGGAAGUGACUGGACAGAAAACUACCUCCCUUCUGUUUGGUUUUUAUUUUAUUUUUUUUAGAUUCCUUGAUUCAGCAGAGGCUAAAGA